AUGAUGGCGGGGGAGACUUCUAUGGAGCUAUUAUUUCUAGAUACGUUUAAGCAUCAAAGUGCAGAGAUAACCAAUGUUGAUGUGGUGCGGUUUCCAUGUGGAGUCCUAAUAACAGAAGUGCGGGUCAUUCCUCCAGGAUUAAAGGCUCACAGCAGUUUACCUGAUAGCAGAGCAUUUGGGGAGACUUCUCCUCAUGCAUUUCAGCUGGAAAUUUUCUUCAAUAAUGUCACCAAGCCCAACUGCUCCACCUUUCACAGAUUGGGCAGUCUUGAAUAUGAUGAGAACAAGUCUAUUGUUUUCCGACCAAGCGGAAAGGUGAACACAGAUGGCCUGGUCCUGCGUGGCUGGUACACAAGUCUGACUGUGGCCGUGUAUGGAAGUGCAGAGCGUUCACAUGGACAUGACCAGAGCUCCCCCCCUCCACCCCCACCCCCUCCCCCUCAACAGCAGAGUGGACUCAAAAGAUUAAAGCAAGACUGGGAAAAAGAUGAGCAUUACAAUGGAAGUCCUCCCAGAUUAGGUCCCAGGGGUCCACGCACCCCGCCUGGCCCUCCUCCACCAGACGAUGACGAUGAGGAGCAACUUCCAAUGACAAUGGUAAUGGUGAAAGUGGAGCCAGGUGAUGGUCGUGACGACUACCUGGAGGCAGUUUCACCUGAGCGGUCGCUUCCUGCAGAUGAGCCGUAUUCUGAAGCGGAGGAAGAGGGUGAAGAGGAAGAUGAAGACGAGGACCCGGACGAAGCUCGCAGUGACGGCAGUGCUCUGGAGGAUGAGGAGGAUGAUGAUGAGGAUAAUGAUGGCUAUGAGCAGAUUUCCAGUGAUGAAGAUGAUCUUGAUAAUGGCAGCUUCAAACUGCCAACUUUCGACAUGGACUACACUGCUGAGGACCUGGCUUCAGUUCCACCUGUUCAGUAUGAUCCAUAUGAGCGAGAGCUCAGGCCGAUGCAGUAUUUCUGUCCUCCAUAUAAAACUCGCUUUGAAACACAACUGGAAAAGGCCAGUAUGGAGGAGCCGAUGGACCCUGGUGGCACUGAGGCGAGUGUUGUGGGAGAGGAGGCCGAGGCCAUGGCUCAGUUAAAAGAGCUGCAAACAUCUAUCGGAGUAGACAGAGACACGCGCUGGGUCAUUGCACUGGAGGAGGCACCGGGACUGAUGUCUAAAGGAUUAGCUUCUCUAAUUAAACAGUGUGAAACGGACGAUAAGGUUGAAGAGCAAAUCACCACAUUUGUCCAAUGGUCUCUCCAGGCUUUAAAUAUGGACAUUGCUCUGACACAACCUAUAGCACUAAAUCUCAGACAGCUGAAAGCAGGUGCCAAACUCGCGUCUAGUUUAGCAGAAUGCCCACAGGGUCUAGCCAUGCUGCUUCGAGAAGGAGCCUUGAAUGUGCUUCUGCAGCUGCUUCACACUGACCACAUCUCCUCAACACUGAAGCUCUGUCUUCUGAAGGCUCUGGAUGCUCUGAUCAGCAAUCCUGCUGGUGUGGAGGCAUUCCUGCAAUCAGAGGAUGAAGAGAAGAGUGGAUACCAGCACUUGGUUCACUUAUUCCUGCGUGAUGAAACUGUGAGGGUUAUCACGGCUGGUAAUGCCAUACUUCAGAAAAGUCAUGUCUAUGAGGCCCUGGCAGAUUUACAGCGAUCUGCAGAUUCUCUCAGUGAGCGUGAGCCUGUUCAGGAGGACUUGGAGGCCACAGAUAGCCCCAUGGAAGAGGACCCUCCCGUCAGCACCUCUGCAGUGAGUGAGGCAGAGCUGGAGCGGCUCGCUGGGCUCUUGGAGGAGUUGCAUCAUUUGCUGGAGUCUGCUCCCCAUUGUAUGGUUCAACCUCCUGGAAAAGCAUUCCCCACCACAGCCAGAAUAACAGGACCACAGGAGAGAGAUGACCCAUACCCAACGUUGUACAGGUAUAUGCAUGCGUGUCACUUCCUGGAGAGCGUGACCGUGGUGCUGUCCUCUGCCGCCGCAGCUGGACACGUGGGCGUCAUACAGGCCAUCAAGGAGCUCCUGCGCUUCCUUUCUCUCACUCAGUCAGGUCUGUUGUUUCUCGUGGCUCAACCCGCAACCUCAAACCUUUUACUUCGACUCCUGGCUUCUGUGACGGAGGCAGAGACCGAAGAGACGCUGUUUAACGGAGGGGAAAACGCUCUUACCGGCCCUGGCUUUGGCGAGGAAGGCUUUGGCGUGUGGCUGAUGCAGGCGCUACACGCUCUUCAGAGUGUUUCGGAGCUGAUGAGUCACGUGAACGCAGGCGGAGAGGGAGGAGUGGGGCUCGAAGAAGGCGACAACGCGGAGAUUCUCGGGCUCCUGAACGGCCUCUACGUGAUGACAUUCACUCAGACCGGACGCAGCGCUGUGGCUCAUGUCUUUAGCUUGGAGAGCAACAUAUCGUGUCUGGUCACGCUGCUUCAACACUACAGCAAAGAAGGCCAAGGAGACACUAAAGCUCGCAAAGCUGUCACCUACAACUACGCCUGCAUGCUGGUCUUACUGGUGGUGCAGCACUCCAACGAGCUCCGCAUGAUGGAGCACUUUGGGGCCACCUUGUCCACCAUUGCAAAGGCCGAUGAGACCAACGCCAAGUUACAGGAGCUUAGUAAAUGGCUGGAGCCUUUGGAGAAGCUCCGGUUUGAAAUGGCCAGUAUACCCAUCCUCAUAGAAUACAUUAAACAGAAUGUAGAAAAUGUGUUGAUGGCUGAUGGGACUGGACUCGUCACUGCUCUGCGAAUCCUUGGACACCUCGCCUGUCCUUCUAAUCCCACAGAAGGGCAACAGAAGGACCUGAAAUGGAGCCUGGCGGUGGUGCAGCUGUUUUCAGGCGAGGGUCUGGACACCUCUGUGCGUGUGCUGCAGAAGCUGUGCAGUGUGCUGCUCCAGCCAUGGCGUCUCCACGGUCACAUGGGCCCCACGCCACAGCGCUGCAUGAUAGUCAGCAUCUGCAUCAGCGCGCUGCGCCUGCUGCGCACCAUGCUGACGGAGCUGCUGAGGGGAGGGGCCUUUCAGUUCAGAGACACACGCGUCGCCAGCGUUUUGGUCUCACUACACAUGAUGGUCUGCUCCAUCCCUGCGACCGGCCGCCUGGACGGGGAGGAGAUGAGAGUCCAGGCGCUCAUCGUGGACAUCCUACUCACUUUCACACAAGGGGUCAACGAAGAGGUGACUCACACAGAAGAAACGCUUGCGAACAACACGUGGUCCUUGAUGCUUAAAGAAGUGAUCGCUUCACUUCACAAAGCUCCUGAAGGACUGUUCUCAGGCCUCACGUUACUGUCUGAGCUGCUUCCUCUGCCCCUCCCAAUGCAGAGCACACAGGGCAUUUCGGUUCAGGACGUGGCUGUGGCUCUAAACACCAGGAAGUUGUGGAGCAUGCAUUUGCGAGCAAAGUGGAAGGAGUUCUCUGAGGUGUUCACUGUCAUCAGUCCCACAACGUGCCCCCCGCUGCUCUCCAUGCUGAGGAGGGUCUGUGUGCAGAUGGCUGACCUCUCCUCCACUACCGCCACUCUCAUCAUGAAGACCAUCCUGGAGCAGCUGAUGGAGGAGCUGCAACCUGCGGAGGGGAAGGGUGUGUGCUGGGGGCAGGUGGCUCGUCUCCUCUCUCUGGCUGAUGCACUGGUUGCACAGAGAGCUUGUAAAAGUGCAGCGCUACAUCUGCUGUCAGGAUCUGUCUCUGGAGACGAACAAAUAUCAGAGCUUUUUCCCCUGCUCCUGACGCUGCUGUCGCCCCCUUCAGACCAGACUGCGCAACAACAGUGCAGCGAACUUGUGGGCACCAUCAUACAGUCUCUGUGUGACCAGGAUAUUGCCCUGAUGGUGCCAACUCCCGGUGAAGGCUGUGUGUCUGAGGUGGAGCAGUUGGCCAAUUCUCUUCCAGGACGAGAGAUGAUUUCUCCAGUGUGUAACGCCUUGUUGGAGGUUUUGGGGAACACAGACUGCUCAGUGUCUCUCCUCCUCACCUGCAUCCGGACCCUGACAUUCCUCUCAGAACAUGAUUACGGUCUUUACCACCUCAAAAUCUUUCUAAAGAAACACAACUCAAACCUGUGCUCGCUGUUGAAGAGACUGGCUUUUCCGUUCAACAAAGAUUCUGUAGAUCUGCUUUCUACCUUGUUGGACUUCCUAAGGCAAAUCCUCAACACGGAGCCAAUGUGUGAGGAGGCCCAGUCACGCAGCGAGGAGCCCGGUUUUGCGGCCCUGCGGCUGCUCAGCGGAUCAGAGAUGAAAGUCCUUCUCCAGUGGGAGAACGCAGAGACGCAUCCACUGCCAACGUUGGAGAAAACAAUCACGAAAUUAUGCAAAGAGGACGAGUCUCUGGAGACGAUGUUGGAGAAUGUGGUCGUUCUGAGACAAACUCUGGAGUCAGCCUCAGACUCUGCUCCAGCUUUAGAAUCAGAACCCAUUCUGCCUCCACCAGAGCCGCUGCCCCUGCAGUUCAACCACAGGACAGCUUACAUUCUGUCUGAAGCUCUGGAUGAACAGCUGAAGGCUCUGUGGUUUGCUCCUUUCCAGAAUGAGGAUAUCGAGACUGAUCUGGACAUGGUGAAGGUGGACCUGAUGGGUCUUGCUCUGGAGUGUUGCCCAGAACUGGAUCUAAAGUCUGAACUGGAACGCUCCUUUAUGUCCGAACCGUCUUCUCCAGGACACGCCAAACCCUCCAAAGGCUUCAGACUGGGCAAGCACAAGCACGAGACGUUCAUUACCUCCAGUGGGAAAAUGGACUACACAGAACCAGCCAAACGAGCCCACAUCAUGGCGGCUCCUCGCGGCCGCGGAGGUCGAGGGGGAUUUGGACAACACAUGCGUCCUCAUGACAUUUUUCGCCAGCGCAAACAGAAUACGUCGCGUCCGCCCAGCAUGCACGUGGAUGACUUUGUUGCCGCUGAGUUUAAAGACAUUACCCCAGUCGGGCUGCUUCCCCCCAAGCGGCCCCCCAAGAGCGCCCCCAAACCCCCCACCAGAGGAAUGUUCACGGGCAACAGAGGCAGAGCAGGUUUCAACAGCCAGACGCGGUUCUUCACCCCGCCACAGCCUAAAGGGGUCCUGCUCUCUGGUAACUACCCUCGCAGAGAAGGUGGACGUGGCUCCUCGUGGAGCCCUCAAGUACCAGGGGUCACACACAGAGGGACGUACAGUGAACCACGCGGCGGUCAGGGCAACUUCGCCCGGGGACCUCUGCCUUCAAGACAACCUCCUGCUGGUGCGUAUCGCCUCGCUCCGCGGGACAGAGCACCGCGGGGUCGGGGAGGCACGGGGCUGUCGUGGCUGAGCGGAGGAGGCGGCGCGGGGGGAGGUGGGGGAGGAAGAGGGUCCCAGGGCAGUAAGUUUGGUGGAGGAGGCAGUGGAGGUGGGAGGGGCCGACACGUGCGCUCCUUCACCAGGUAA